AUGUACGAGUCAAUCGCCUCGCUGGAUUUACAUCGCCUGAGUCGGCAGAACCUCCAGAAACACUACGAAUCAGACGAGGAAGAUGCGUCCGAGUCCGAUGGAGGCCCCGAUCUGGUCCCGUCUCUGGUGGGCUCGCAGCGGGCUGAUACUCUGGAUUCCGAUCUCAGUGCAGAUGAGAACUCGCACAUGGACCUCGACUCGGACGGUGAGGAGCAAGAAGAACCAUUGUUCUCUUCGUAUUCCUCAAAGCGCCCUCGGCCCGUUUCAAUGGAUACGAUAAAAAGACGGAGUGAUGUGACGUUCCAGGACAACACCCACGUCUUUGACCCGGAGAAAGAAAUGAUUCUCGAGCUGCCGUCUCCCGAAUCAUCGCCCGGUUUAUCAUCGAGUCUGUUCCUUCCACGGUCGGUCUACACUCCUAGUGCGACCCAUUCUUCGACCCAGCGAGCCCGCUCGGCCUCUCCAUCGUCGAUUUUCUCCAUGGAAUCGGCUGAGAUCCAGGUUGCCCAGCAAAUCACCUUGUUGCAACCGCCGACUCGUCCGACUUUGGUUUUUAUUAAUGCGUUGGGCUCUCGAUCAAAGAGCUCCAAGCCCAGACCCACCAAUGCUCGCUCACGGGGCAAUGCUCGCAAUCGUGAGUCCCGCGUGUUUGACGGCAGGUUGGAAACCGGGUUCGACUUCCCUCGAGUCAUUGAUAUGAAGCCUCCAACACCACCCGCGUCCGUAUCCAGCGGAACAGACCGCAAGAGCUCUACGACCUCCGCGCCGGACAUGUUAACCGUACCCGAAGAAGGAGGUCCCAUUAAUGCACAAACGGCACCAUAUCGUCCCGCGUCACCACGGGCAAGGCCACAAUCGAUAUACCAGCCUCGACCCAGGACAGCAGAUCUAGAUCAGCCACUCCCAUCACAGUUAGUCCAGACUCGUGCCAGACACAUCACCGAAACAGUCCGUCCCUCUGCGGUGCGCACCAAUAGUAAUACCAGCGUCCUCUCCCACUCCCACUCCCCUGCCCCCAGCCUCUCCGGAUCACCCUACAUCGAUACCCUCCGUCAAGGCUAUAUGCCCGAGUGCUACAGCGAGGCGGGGAUAUCCCGCACCGCGAGCCCCGUCUCCAUCGCCUCCUCUCCUCCUUCAUCUACGUAUACCCUCUCUUCGACCCGGGACUGGCAACCAGGACAUAGUUCCCACUCGCUCCCGCCACGACCACAGGUGCUGCGACGAUCAGGACGGAAGCACUCCGCCGCAUCCAGCGUCCACUCUCUGGCCAGCGUUCGCUCAGAGAUAAACCUGCAAGCCCCUGCUCCCGGGACUACCUUCUAUAGCCAGAAGAUGAGCCAGUCGUCCUACGACUCGGACUUCGGGCGGAAGCCGAGCCAGCUGCGCCAUGGACGUCACAAUAGCUCGGCGACCAUUGCACGCGGAUUCAUGGGAUUGCGGUUCGGGAAGAAAGGGUCUAAUAAAGCUUGA